AUGGUGGGCGUGCUCACCUACAACAUCCACUCCGGCAUCGGGACAGACGGAGUUUAUGAUGUGGAGCGCAUUGCCGGGGUCAUCCGCAGAUCCAAGGCCGACAUUGUCUGCUUGCAGGAGGUGGAAGCCAACAAGCGUCGGCAGCGAGCGCGGAAGUGGUCUGUGGCGCCUGCGGCCUGGCGCACCCACGCCUUCGCCCCCACGCUGCGCGCCGCCUGCCUGGAGGCCAAGUGCUGGGGUGGAGAAGUCCUGGUGCAGUCCGAGGACGCGGCCUACGGCCUUGCAGUUGUGACCAGGUUUCCCAUCUUGGACAAGCGGCAGCUGAUGUUUGAGCGCCCCGAGAUGGGGGACACCAUCAACAUGGACCGAGAGGAGCAGCCCCGAGGGGCGAUGGCUGUUCUUUUGGAUCUCUCCUCCGAGGAUGCUCGGCCUGUCUGGGUGGUGAACACGCAUCUGUCUCAUUGGAUGGGCUCGCAGGAACAACGGCGCCAGGCUUCGGAGGCGCUUGCCUGGGUUGAGCGGCUGCGCGCCGCAGACCGCAGGCCAGCGGUGCUUCUGGCGGGCGACCUCAACUCGCCCUUCUUCAUGCCACGCAGUGGCUACAGCGUCAUUGCCAGCGACCCACGGUGGCGGGACCUUUGGAAGGAGGCCGAAGGGCCGUGCUGCUGCCAAGCAACGGUGCCCGCCAACUGGUGCGGAGGCCUUUUUGGCAUGAGGGUGGACCACCUCUUCGGUUUGCGCAUCGAAGGGGACGUCAUCCCCAUGUGCGAAGCCAUCCGCGUGCUGCGGGACACACCGGCGGAUGAGAUGGCGUCCGAUCACUGCGCGGUACUGGCUCAGAUGGACUUCGUGGAUGACCCCGAUGGAUUCGCUCCAAAGGAUGAGCGGACGCCUUUCGCGCCGGGUGCAGCCGCGCCGAAAACGGCCGAGCGCUGCAGUGAUAGCAGGUUCACCUUUGGCACCUCUGCGCCCAUCCAGCUGCCCGACUUUUCACAGCUCCGGAAGACGCCUGCGCACGAGCCCGGCGCGGAAGCGCCCAAGGCGCAGGGUCUCCGGCAAGCGGGCCAUGGCGAAGAAACCCAGACUGCGCUAGCGACUGUGCAGGAAGGCCAAGAGCGGCCCUCCUCACCCGAGAAGCCGACCCCGGCCUCGCCGGCCUCGCCGGCCUCACCGGUGUCGCCGGUGUCGCCGGCCUCGCCGGCCUCGCCGGUGCCGCCCCGCACCCCGCCUCCAGCCAUCCACCGGCCGCUGCCGCCGCAGAGCCCCGUGCCGCCCUUCGUUUCGCCCCGCGGGGCGUCGCCUCGCACGGUGUCGCCCAGGAUGGCCGGAAAUUGGCACCCGCACGUGCCGCCGCAAGCGCCGCCACAGCUGCCGCAGCAAGGUUUUUAUGGUCAGAUGCCAGUACAGCAGCAGAUGCAGCAGCAAGCAUAUGCGGGGCCCUUGGCGCCACACAGCGCAAGCGGCCUUCCUCCUGAGGGGCAAAGGUCUCAGUUCGCCUCAGCUGUGCACGGCUCUACGCAUCCCCGCGUUCCAGCGCUCAUGGGCGCCAUGCUGGGCAGCCUUGCCAUGGGUGCCUAUGGCUUGAUCCUUGCCCUGCGCCUUGGGAACAUGCUCUGGGCCGCAGGGCUCAUGAAGCUCCUGAGCAUUUUCCCCAUGUCCAAGAGGACCUACGAGGGUGUGUCCCUCACUCUGGUGCAGGCCUGUUGGCGCCUUACGCAGUUCUUCACUCCCUGGGUGUCCAACCGCACGGAUGCGGCCACACGAGAGGAGUGGCGGGCUAUGCAGAAAAAGAUGGCGGAGCUUGACGUGAAGGUGGCGGCGGGAGAGGACACCUACCACCCGCUGAUGAUUCUAGGCAACCACGCGUCUUUCUUCGACGUGAUCCUGGCGACUACCAACAUGCCAACCGCGGUCCUGAGAAGAUGUCGCACCUACAUGGACUCGUCCUUGUUCAAUCUUCCAGUUCUGGCCACGAUUUGCCGUGCUGUUGGGCACUUCCCGGUGUAUUUCACUAGCAGCAAGAAUGGCGUCUUUGCGGUGGAUAAGGAAAGGAAUGAGGCAGUUGACCAGGAGGUGGACAAGUUCCUGGCGGAGGGCGGGUGGCUGUGCUACUACCCCGAAGGCCAGCGCAACAAGACACCCGACACGCUGAACCCCUUCCGGUACGGCGGCAUGAGGAAGGCGGUGGAGACCGAUGCGCGGUUGAUCUCCAUUGUGCUGCACGGCGUGCAGAGCGUGUGGCCCUUCAAAGCGCAGAUCGGCGGCUACCCGGGUUCUGUAAGGUACAGCUGCCGGCAGCUGGCGCCGGAUGGAGUGAAGGCUCUCCUGAGCCAGCUGCGGGCAUCUGGUACCUUGCCAGCAGAUGAGCAGGAUGCUGAGGAUCAUGUGCUGCUCGCGAAGCACCUGCAGCGUGUCAUGCAGACGCAGUACGAUGAGCUGAAGGCGGGCGUCGCAGGCGGUGCAAAGGCCAAGCCCGCUUGA